CACUCCUCCUUCUCUCGGACACACACACACACCCCUGACAUGCGCACUAAAAAGCGCAGGAGGGGGCGGGGUGGCGGACUCCUCGGUGGCUCGCGGCCUCUCCCGUACCCAGCUCGCCCCGGUGCGGCGCGCCCAGUGACGUGCAAAACAAGCGACUCCUGUGUAGGCCCCGGUGAGAAUCAACGGAGCGCCGGGUCCACCGGCCCAACGGCCAUGGCCUCCGUCGGAGUAGUCUCCGGGAGACCGGCGGAAGAGACGUUGUCGCAAUCGCAGGAUCCGCCGUUGCAAGAGCAGAAGCCCUUGCCCGCUUCCCAACCGCCGCCGUCGCAGCAGCAACAACCGUCGCAGCCACAGCCUACGGCGUCGGUUGCUCUUCAGCCUCCUCCGCCCCCGGGCCUCAAGGAGGCGGAGACCUACUCUUUCCUGCCUUUGGUUCAUGACGUCAUCAAAUGUAUGGACAAAGACAGUGUUGAUAUGCACCAGGAGUUGACUGCUCUCAAGACCAAGUUCCAGGAGAUGCGAAAAGUGAUUAACACUAUGCCCGGUAUCAGUUCGAGUCCAGAACAGCAGCAGCAGCAACUACAGAGUCUGCGGGAACAAGUCAGAACUAAAAAUGAACUUUUGCAAAAAUAUAAGAGUCUCUGUAUGUUUGAAAUCCCCAAAGAAUAAAGCAGGCAUGUUAUAAUGACAAAAGUGAUUAAAAAAACUGAACCAGAAAAGCCAAGAUUACACAUUUUCUUCCCUCCCCUGCCCCUCUGGUGUGGUUCUGUAUGGACCCCAGCUAUUCGUUCUCUAGAGCAGCUCUUUUCAUACUUCUUUGUUGGCUGUACUCAGUGGUUAGGUCACUGUGGCUGGUUGGAGGCAGGCAUACAAGCAUUUUCUGGUGUGAAUUAAAGGCUUACUAAUGGAAGUGAGCAGUAUAUUUUCAUGGGGGCUGCAACUAUAUGGCUGCUUCCUGGGAAGUAACCAUCUGUCACAUUUUCUUGUUCUUACAGCAGCACUGAAGGACACAGUGGGAAAGAAGGUGUUCUUUACUUUCUCCUCCUAUCCCACACUCCCUUCCCCUUGGUUGUGUUCAGUGUGUACGAGGUACAUACUGUUCCUACUUAUGGAAGUUUCACUAAACUUUCGAAUAGAAUUAAUUGGCCAAAUUACUCUUCACGCUGCUUGGGUUUAAUGUGAUUAAUGGGUGGCUCUGUGAGAAUGAACAUAAUUUUGAAUGCAGAGAGGCAUCACAGGGAGAAUUUUUUUUUUUGUUCCUGGCAGUGCCAGAGCUCUAAAUAGCUUGUUGGGUUUUUUUUUUUGUUUGUUUGUUUAUUUGUUUGUUUGUUUUUUAUGUUUGAGCCAGUGAAGAUAGCAGUGUCAGUGGGGGUGUCAGUCAUUGAACCUGUGAGGUAGCUUUUGAAGCCCUCGUGCCAUCCAGGUUUUGCUAUGCCUACAAAUUCUUGCUACUCAGUUAGAUUGUCCCCUGCUGUCUUCAAUUAGCACAUUUGGCCACACUUUUAGUGCCAGAGUAAACAAUUAUGCCAGGAUGCCCAAAUCAGCUCUAAUUAUCUGUUGGGAUGGAGAGAGCAGGUGGUUCUGUACUGCAAAAGCAAAAGGAUAUUUUGGGUGAGCACAAACCCUCUCCCUGGCCCUGCCCCCAUUGAUGUACAGAUCAAAUUGUUAUGCUGGGGGAAAAAAUAAUGUUUUUGCUGGUCUCCUAUGUUGAUUAAUCAACACAUUUCAUUGAAAGGCUCAUCUAAAUGGCAAUUCUGAUUACUCCCAUCUUUGGUAGGACAGUCCUAAGAAUAUGCUCAGGCACAGUAGUUACACAUCUGGGUUCCAUUUUUCAAAUAUAUGUCAAGUGCCUUCAUGUUUUGCCUGUUUUUCCUCUGAUUUAUCAGCUUUGUACCGACUUCCUUGGCCAUUAGAUCGGCAUUGAAGUUGCUUCCCUGCCUCUCUUAGAGACAAACAUGUAAAUAUUAUUUAGGGCAAGAGUUUGGGAUUCUGCUGCUGUGUGCCUAUUGCUUGUUGAGAAGUAAAAAUCUUCUUAGAUUUUUCAAAGAAAAAAAUCUUUGAAAUCUUCUUAGAAGUGGAUAAGUCUGAGAAGUUCUUGUCUUUAGCAAAUUGAACUUCAAUCAUCUAUUUAUUCUAUACUUGGGAACCAAGAGCUCACCCACAGUAGCUAGAAUGUGUCUGGUAUAAUAAAGCAGCAAGGGGCAGUGUAGUGUGGGGCAGUGGUUGUUGACUGGUUUCUACAGAACAGGAAACUGAAUUUAACUGGGUUGUUGGGGGGAAGCAAAGAUUAUUUAUACUGGUUCUACCUUGUGACCUAUCACUGACUAGAUCCUUUAGGGAUUGAUAGAACUGGACCUGUGAUUUCAUUGCUGUAGGGAAACACCCGGCUCAGGAAGCGACCUCUUGCAGGACACAGCAAAACCUUUUCUGAAACUAAGAGUCUUACACACCAAGGGUGCCAGGGUACCACAUGGUUAAAUAACGAGCCCUGGGUCACACAGUGUAUGUCAGAGGCUGGCUCUGCAGCAGUCUCUGUCCCCCAUGUCACAUAUCACUUCUCAACCAAAUCCACGAUUUCCUAGAUAUUUUAUAGUAAGUAGUUUGUGAGCCUAAUCUAAGGCUCUUACUGAAUACUAUGAAACGAGAUCUAUGUCAGGUUCAAAUAUAGGCUUGCUUGAGCUGGCUAUAUCGGGGUACCACUUAAUUUUAUUAUCUAUAUUUGUGAAUACCUAUUUCUGGGGUUAAUUAAAAAUGCCUGAUAUUGGUGACUUUUUAAAGCAUGUAAUUAAUGUUUCAAAAGUUUUGCUAUGGUUGGCCCCUCUCUCUCCCUCCCUCCAUUUCUCUCCCUCCCUCCCUUCUUUCCUGCCCUGUCCCUGUCCCCCCUACCCCACCCCCUUUUUUUCCUCAAGGUUUUGUGAAGUAAUUGCAGAGACCUUAAUAGUGUUGUUGGGUUUUUUUGAGUGUUCCUAUAAAAACCUCACAUGGGAAAGGGCACAGUGAUGUUAUUAAACUUGAGAUUUUACAACUCAAAAUUGGUAAAUGUGAAAAAAAAUUAGGAUUUCUUAUUGCUUUGUUAAUAUUCUAUAUUAGUGAUUGUCUUAAGUGUUGGAAAAAUGUCAGUAAUGUAGAUGAAAAAUUUCUUGAGAGCUAGUUGCUACACAUUUACCAAUACACUCCUACUUAUAUAAUAUAGUAGAGUAUUUGUCAGAUAGUAGCACCUUAGUGGCUGACCUGAAACCUCCUUUAUAAUUCUUCCUUUGUAUCCUACCAUAACUGUAUGAUUUUUGCAUAGGUAAAAAUAGCAUUUCAUAUACAGAAGGUCCCAGUCUAACAUUUUUGCUUCUCAUUUGCUUGAAAACUUUGGGCUCAUUAAAUACUUGUUGAAUCAUC